AUGAAAGUUACUCAAUUAAUACUAUCAAUUAUAGUAUGCAUUUUAUUAUUAAAUGUUGGAUUGGGAGAAUCAAAGAAAUAUUUCAAGAUGGGUGGUAAUGAAUUAAAGGAUUUCAAGCCUGUCAAGGAAGCACCCAAUCAAGGCAAAUGGGAACCUAGAACCAAGGAAGACAUUAUCAAAAAGGUACCACAAUGGAACGAACGUCUUGCUAGACUCCGUCAACAAGUCGGUCCAGCCAACCAAUCCAGUUUCUUGGUCACUGAUCUUCCAGGUCUAGACCCAUCAACCGAUAUUGUUCAUUAUGCCGGUCUCAUCAACAUCAAUGAAACUUCAAAUGGAAAUAUCUUCUUUUGGUUCAUUCAAGCUAAUGUUUCAAACCCUGAAACUGCUCCAGUUGCUAUUUGGAUUAAUGGUGGACCUGGUUGUUCAAGUAUGGAUGGUUUAUUCCUUGAGAAUGGUCCAUUCCGUCUUUCACCAAAUGAUACUGAAUCUGCCAACUUCACCGUUUCCAUUAACCCAAGUUCAUGGCAUAAUGUUGCCAAUAUCCUAUACAUUGAUGAACCUGUUGGAACUGGUUUAUCAUAUGUUGAUGAUGACAGUGGUUUAGCAGCAUCCGAUGAAGAAUUGGAAACUGAUUUCUACACUUUCCUUCAAUCAUGGUACAAUGUUUUUGAUAACUUUACUGGCAAUGAUCUUUACAUUUCUGGUGAAUCAUAUGCUGGACAUUAUAUUCCACAUUAUUCAAAUUUCAUUCUUACAAUGAAUGAUCAAAUCCAAAACAACUCAUUGAAUGGCACCAUCAUUAAUUUGAAGGGUGUUGCAAUUGGAAAUGGUUGGACUCAUCCAGUUGUUCAAUACGAAUCAUACUCGACUGUUGCCUAUGCCGCCGGUAUCAUCAACAACAAGCAAGUCAACUAUUACAACUCUUUAAUCUCUUCGUGUCAAGACCAAAUCAACAACAACGUAUUGGACUCGCCAGAAUGUGACAAUGUCAUGGGUCAAUUGUCCAAUGACUCUGGUGCCCCAGGUACCACCUUUGUCAAUGUCUAUGAUAUUAGAUUGUACGAUCCAACUGGUGGAUCUGCAUGGCCACUCCCAGGUGUCGACUAUGAAGCCGACUAUUUGAACAAUCCAAUCGUUCGUGAAGCCAUCCACGCCAGUUUAGUCCCACACCCAUGGGCCGAGUGUAACGACACUGUCAACUCUGUUGUUUUCGGUCAAGAUGCUUCUAGUUUAUACCUUUUCCCAGAUUUACUCGCACGUAUUCGUGUCUUGUUAUACAAUGGACAAUUUGAUUUAAUUUGUAAUCAUGUUGGAACAACUGAAUAUUUGGAUGUUCUUGAAUGGUCAGGUGCUGCUGAAUGGAAGGCUGCCAACUCUAGUGUUUGGACUGCUCCAAAGGACGGUUUCACCCAAACUGCAGGUUAUACCCGUUCCUCACAAAACUUGACUUAUUUGUUGGUACUUGGUGGUUCACAUAUGGUACCAAUGGAUCAACCAGAAUUUACAUUUGAUAUGAUUCGUCGUUUCAUUUCCAACGAAACCUAUGCCGACGCUCCUCAAUCUGUUGGUACUGAAGAUAACUCAUCAUCCAAGUCAUUGACUGAAAAGAUGUGGAUUGGAAUUAUCAUUGGUUGUUUCAUUGGUGGUGUCUUUAUCGGUGCUCUUUUCAUUAGAGAUCAAUUACCAUUCUCUCAACCAAUUGAAUACUCAACAACAGCAACAACAACAUCACAUAAUAAUCAAUCCUCCCUCCUCCUCCUCCUCUACCAACAACAUCAACAACAACAAUAA